AUGGCCUCCAAGACCUUCGUGAGGACGCUGCGCACUGCUUCCAAGCAGAAAAUCAGUGCUCCGUCCAUCCCCAAGCGCUCGUUCGUUUCUGCUACCGCAACUAGACCAGUCGUUGCAGCCCAGCGUACUGCCCUUGCAGCUGCCAGUCAGCAGCAAACGAGAGGGAUCAAGACAGUUGACUUUGCUGGUACCACGGAGACUGUCUACGAACGAGAGGACUGGCCGCGCGAGAAGCUUCUUGAUUACUUCAAGAAUGACACUCUCGCCCUCAUUGGCUACGGCUCCCAGGGUCACGGUCAAGGUCUCAACCUCCGUGACAACGGCCUGAACGUCAUCAUCGGUGUCCGGAAGAACGGCGCAUCGUGGAAAGAAGCAGAACAAGAUGGGUGGAUUCCGGGAAAGAACCUCUUUGAGGUCGACGAGGCCAUCUCUCGAGGCUCCAUCAUCAUGAAUCUGCUCAGUGAUGCCGCGCAGAGUGAGACCUGGCCCGCGAUCAAGCCUCAAUUGACCAAGGGAAAGACCCUGUAUUUCUCUCACGGUUUCUCCCCCGUGUUCAAGGAGUUGACCAAGGUCGAUGUCCCCAAGGACAUCGAUGUCAUCCUUGUCGCCCCCAAGGGAUCCGGCCGAACGGUCCGAUCUCUGUUCCGUGAAGGCCGCGGUAUCAAUUCAUCGGUCGCCAUCUACCAGGAUGUCACCGGCAAAGCUGAAGAGAAGGCUGUCGCCCUGGGUGUCGCCAUUGGCAGCGGUUACCUGUACAAGACCACUUUCGAGAAGGAGGUGUACUCUGACCUGUACGGCGAGCGAGGUUGCUUGAUGGGUGGUAUCCACGGCAUGUUCCUCGCUCAAUACGAGGUUCUGCGAGAGCGUGGCCACUCUCCCUCUGAGGCAUUCAACGAGACUGUCGAAGAGGCCACCCAGUCACUUUACCCUCUCAUCGGUGCCAAUGGCAUGGACUGGAUGUACGCCGCCUGCUCCACCACCGCUCGCCGUGGUGCCAUCGACUGGUCCGGCAAGUUCAAGGACACGUUGAAACCCGUGUUCAAUGAGCUGUAUGACAGCGUCAAGACCGGCAAGGAGACCAAGCGCAGCUUGGAAUACAACAGCCAGCCCGAUUACCGGGAGAAGUACGAGAAGGAGCUGGAAGAGAUCCGAAACUUGGAGAUCUGGCGUGCCGGCAAGGCUGUUCGCUCUUUGCGACCAGAGAACCAGUAA